ACAGCAGCAGCGCCAUCUGGGUCCUGCCUGGCGUCACUGUCUAACAUAAUGGGUGAUGCAUGGCGGGUUCAGAAAAUUAGUUUACUCAAUAUGUUUUUCAUAGUUUGAGCUUUGCGUGUUGUUGUGUUGAGGGUGUUUUUUUUUUUUUUUAUAAGUGUUGUAAGCUGCCUUAAUAGUCGACUUGUGUAAUAAAACGAGUGUGUGCUGGCGAGAUGUGCUGGAGUUGAACCCUAACCUAACGUAACUUACCCUAACCUAACUUAACCUAACCUAACCUAACCUAAGCCACUUCGUAUUCAUUCACCCACUCACGCCCAUCCAUUAUUUUGACAUUUUUUUUACCUUGUUAUCUCCUGAAGUGAGGGUGUCGUCUGGUCUUUCCACUUGCGACUGUAAGCAAGGUGUUCCUACGCAGCUUGAGGUGUGAGGGCGGUACGUGUGGCAUGCCUAGAGGUGGGAAUGUGGACCAGUAGCGAUUGAAGUGGGUUUCUCUCUCCUAUCUCUCUACUACUACUAAAUGAUUUAAAGAACCAAGUAGCUGAUGCCUGUGUUUAAGAUACAGACCUAAUGCUCUUAAAACUACAGAAAACGUAAAAUAUUCAGGUAAUUCUAUUGUAAUUUGUCGUGCAUGUCAGAAGGGCGCAUGAGUUUCAGAAUUCCAGGUGGUUUGCAAGAUAAUAAUGAUGCUAGUGAUAGUUUUGGCAAGGCUAUGGUAGUUUGACAAUGCUAAUGGAAGUUAUUGGGGUUUUCAAGACGGUUUAAUGAUACUGGUGACAAUUUAACAAGAGUUCUACAUCAUUUUCUUAGUUGUGAUCGGCCAGAAAAGAAAAAGAAAAGAAAAAGAAAAGAAAGAAAAGUUCAGAUUUAGAAAUAUAAAAGUUUACGAUAGAAAUAAUUAUUAUAAGAAGGAAAAUGGGAAGAAAACCCUUUACGCGUUCAUUCUAGUAAAGAAAACGAAAUAAUAAUUGUAACAGUGACGAAGCUGAAAGCGUAACAUGUAUUUCUGUAACUCUACGAGACAAGAAGAGAAAUAGUUUAGUUCCCGUGAAAGAAAAAAAAGAAAAAGAAAGAAACGACAGUAAGAGAAAAUGUGGAUUUGUGUAACUCUACGAGGCAAGAAGAAAAUAGUUUAGUCCCCGUGAAAAAGAAGCUACAAUAAGAGAAAAUGUGAAAUUACGUAAGAGAGAGUUAUGUAAGAGUUGUUUACUUCUCACUCCUCCCUCUUCGCCACUCAGCAACAAGCAACAACAGCAAGAUGACUCAAAACCAGAGAGAAGAAGAAGAAGAGGAGGAGGAGAAGAGGAGGAGGAAAGAGAGAGAAGAGGAAGAGGAGAGCGAGAGGCAUUUAGUGAGAUGGGAAAGUAAUGGGCCUCUUCCUCCCAUUCCUGACAUCAAUUUUGCAUCUUUCCUUCUCUCUGUUUUGACCCAGCAUGGAGGAAAGAAGGCCCUGAUUGACGCAGCCACAGGGAAACACCACACUUACAGCGACAUAUGUGCAAUGGUGCCGCGGGUGUGUGCAAACCUGAAAGCUGCAGGUGUGGAGGAAGGGGACAGAGUGAUGAUACUGUCACCUAACCAUAUUGACUACCCCAUCACUACCUUGGCCAUUCAACUCCUCCCUGCCACCUGUGUCCCUGUCAACCCUACCCUCUCCCCUGAGGAGGUGGCACACAUAGUCGGGGUGAGUGGAGUGCACUGGGCGGUGGUGGAGGAAGGUGUAGUGGAUCUGGUGGAGAGAGUGAGGCUGCUUCUCCCCAACGACUGCCUCAAGCAAGUGUGGGUCAUCGGCUCCUCUUCCAGCCACCCGUCCCUCUCCCAGCUCAUGAGGGGUGAGAGUGGCAACGCUUCUGUGCUGGAGAAGGAUUCCUCCCGCAGCCCUGGCAAUGUUGCAGCCCUUAUGCCCUUCUCCUCAGGCACCACAGGGCUUCCGAAGGGCGUCCUGCUGCCUCACCGCUCUCUACUCACUGUCGUAAUGCAGAACAAGUGCCUGCGAGAUGCUUCUAAGGAGGCGGGUAGCUCUCGAACAUCAGUACUAAGUAGGGUCCUUCUUGUGCUGCCCUUGUACCAUAUCUAUGCCAACAACACCAAUAUUAUCACCCUUAUUUCUGGCGGCAGGGCGGUGCUUAUGUCAAAGUUCUCGCUGCCUGACUUGCUGGGGACUAUAGAGAAGUAUAAGGUUACAUAUGUUCCUCUGGUUCCUCACAUUGCCAAUUACAUGAUCAACUCUCCUCUACUGAAGCAGUAUGACCUUUCCUCCCUCAUGGCCUUUGCUAGUGGCUCAGCUCCUAUUACCCCCACUGCUGCCAAGGCCCUCACUGAAAAGACAGGCAGAGGGCUAGGGAUAGGCUAUGGGCUGACAGAGACCUGCGCCACAGUGAGCAUCAACAGCCCCAUGGUUGGAAUAAAGGAGGGAAGCGUGGGGCGCGUCCUGCCCUACGUGGAGGUGAAGAUCGUCACCCCAGGGAGCAGAGAGGCACUGGCAAGGGGGAAGGAGGGGGAGGUGUGGGUGAGGGGACCUGGGGUGAUGCUAGGUUACGCUCCCACUCCCACCAGCCCACCCUCCCCCUGGGGCCUGCAGGAGGGGGGCUGGCUACCCACGGGGGACCUCGGAUACUGUGAUAAAGAUGGGUUUUUGUUCAUUACUGACAGAAUUAAGGACGUCAUCAAAGUGAAGGGCUUCCAGGUGGCUCCCAGCGAGAUAGAGGCGGUGUUGCAGGAGGUGGAGGGGGUGGAAGAGGCGGCUGUGGUUGGGGUCCCCUCCCCCCGCCUGGGUGAAGCCCCCCGUGCCUAUGUAGUACUCGUUCCAGGGGUACCCGCCCCCUCCCACGAGGCCCUGCUGGACUACGUGGCUGCCCGCCUUGCCCGCCACAAACACCUGGCCGGGGGAUUAGAAUUCGUUGAAUCACUCCCUAAAAACUCCAUUGGGAAGGUUCUGAAGAGGCGUCUGCGAGAGGACUACCUUAAGGGCCUCAAGCAGGGUGACAGGGAAAAAGGUGCUGGACUGACUUCGAAGCUGUGAUAUGGGGUGUGUCAGAGAGAGAGAGAGGGGGUAUUUUAAGGGCCUCAAGCAAAGAGACAGGGAAAAGGUGCUGGACUGUCUUCGAAGCUGUCAUGUGGUAGUGGAUAGGGUAGUAGUAGUAGUAGUAGUAGUAGUAGUGGUGGCAGUUGUUUUAGUAGUAAUAGUUGUAGUAAGUAUUUUUUUUAUUUCUCUUCUUCUUCUUCUUCUUCUUCUUCUUCUUCUUCUUCUUCUUCUUCUUCUUCUACUCCUUCCUUUUUUUCCUCUUCUUCUUCCUCGUCUUCUCCAUCUUUAUUAUUACUACUACUACUACUACUACUACUACUACUACUACUACUACUACUACUACUACUACUACUACUACUACUCCUCCUCCUCCUCCUCCUCCUCCUCCUCCUCCUCCUCCUCCUCCUAUGAUAACUCUCUGUUACUAUUAAACUCCUCCUCCAUGAACUUUUCUGGAGGAGGAGGAAGAAAAGAAGAAGAGGAGGAGGAGGAGGAGGAGGAGGAGGAGGACAUUAACAGAGAACAAAUAAGGAGAAAAGUGAAGAAGUAAUAACACUGGAUAAAAGAGGAAGAAGAGGAGGAGGAAGAGGAAGAAGAAGAGGAGGAGGAGGAGGAGGAGGAGGAGGAGAAAGAGUACCUUAAACAAAGAAAGCUGAGAGGAGAGGAAGCGAAGAAAGUCUGAGAGGAAGAGAAGAAGAGGAGGAGGAGGAGGAGGAGGAGGAGGAGGAGGAGGAGGAGGAGCCCGCCAUAAGCUGUCACAUUCCCCGACAACGCGGCGCCUCCGUCUGGCGUACACACACACACACACACACACACAUACACACACACACUAAUAGUUGCACACACACACACACACACACACACACACACACACACACACACA